GCAUUGGUCUAUGUCGGAAAAAACCUUCGUGGUUCAACUGAUAAAUGAUCGGUACGACGAGUUAUAUUGUCGAUUUAAAGGUGCCAUACUAGGUGGCAAAAAAAAGGAACAAACCUGGCAAGAGGUUGCUGAUACCUUCAAUAGCUCCAGUGUCGCACAAUGUUCUAGGACAGUGCGUCAAAUAAAAGACAUGUAUGCGCAGUUGAAAUGUCGAGCCAAAAAAAAGAGUCUGACAGAAAAGAAACUGGAGGGGGGCCUCCAGCUGUAUUAACCACCGUGGAUGACCUGGUCAUAGAUGGCAUCCGCGACAAGCCACAGCUGAUUGGCAUUCCGGGUGGCAUUGAUUCAGGUGAUUGUUAUGCAUGCGUGGCUGAUGUUGCUGAGAUGGCAGACACUGAUGAAGCCUCAGCCAAGUGUACACUAACUGUUGCUGAGUGUACAUCAAAGCCUGCAACUGCCUCGAAUGUAGCCACUUCUUCAACAUCAAGACCAUCAAAAGAAUCGUUGAAAAAGAGAAAGAGAAACAGAUGCUAUGAAGAAGAGCUACUUGAGCUGGAAACAAGACGUGCACAGGCUGAGUUGGACCUGCUGUUGCAGAGGCAACAGCAGGAAAAACAGCUACAUGAUCUUAGAAUUAAGGUGAUCACAGAGGCAUUUGUCUUUAGCAUUUAAGACACAUUUCUAGUUUCCAAUAUACCUGUUUAAAUGAAUAAUACUGUUGAUAUGCCUAUUCUUUUGUUCUAACUUGUCUUUCUUGAUCUGCAGCCUCUGUGAUCCUUCUAUUAUCUUUUUGCUAUUGAUAUAAUACUUUGUUAGUUUAUCAUUAUGUGAAUGAAUCUUUGUUUAGUUAUCUUCAAAUUGACUGUGAAUGUUUUGUGAUCAGAUUCAUAGGUAAAACGUUUUUCGAUUCUUUUCCUAAGUUUGAGUCUUACAUUUUAGACUAAAAAAAGUUGGUGAAUCCAAACCCUGAUAAUUUCAUUAAUGAUUUUUUAUGCUCCCCUUUGUAGAAGAGGGGGUAUAUUGUUUUGCACAUGUCGGUCGGUCCGUCGGUCGGUCGGUCCGGCCAUCAUUUGGUUUCCGAAUUAUAAGUAAAGAGUGCUUAGGCCUAGUAUCAUAAAACUUCAUAGGUACAUUUAUCAUGAAUGGCAGAUAACCCCUAUUAAUUUUAAGGUCACUAGGUCAAAGGUCAAGGUCACAGUGACAUGAAAUAAUAAAAUAAUUUCCGGAAUGAUAACUCAAGAAUGCUUAGGCCUAGGAUCUCGAAACUUCAUAGGUACAUUGAUCAUGACUGGCAGAUGAUCCUAUUAAUUUUCAGGUCACUUGGUCAAAGGUCAAG